GAAUUGACCGAUGACGGUAUAAAUGGAGAUAAAAGGCGUGAAGGAUAAAAGAUUACAGAAGAACCAACAUGGACGUCGUCAGACUAAAGAAAAUCACGGAUAGCAUAGGGUUGAUGCAGAAAAACUUGGAAUGUUCAAUUUGUUUGGAUUUGCUCCAAGAUCCUGUUUCAACCAAGUGUGAUCACCAGUUCUGCAAUUUCUGUGUUCUAGCGUUGCUGCAAAGUUCAAGAAAGCCAUCAGCACGCUGCCCUUUAUGUAAAGUCGUCAUCACGAAGAGGAGUCUGACCAAGAAUGAACAGUUGGAUAAGAUUGUCAAAGCUGUACGUUCUGUUAUUACUGCUGUGGAGGAAGACUCGGGAUUACAAUGUUCCCCACCUCGAGGUCCAGUUUUCAUCUCCCAGCCUGAUCCUAAGACCAGAGAGCCGACACCUAAGAAGAAGGCCAAGGUCAAAGGUCAAGUGAGAUCAAGCAACAUGCGGAAGACCAAACGCAAAGCUGCUGAGACCGUGAGCGUGUAUCGAGAUCAUGAUAGUGAUUCCAGUGAAAGUGAUGCCUUUGAGCUGCCUCUAGUUGGUCAUACUAAUAUCAGUUCAUCAUUCCCGAGACUGAAGACCAGUGGGAAGAAGGGCUCCAAAGAUGAGGAUCGGAAAAAUGAAGAAAUGGAGAAAGAGGCUGAGGACUUUCUGACCUCCCUUAACGCUGCUCCCCUAUCUAGCCAUGGGGACAUCAUCUCCGGGCACAGCAAUGAGUUGGAAAGAAUCAAUAAUGAAAUCAAUCUUCUUCCCAUCAAUUCUGGACAUCACAAGGAGAACAAGAAUCCUGACCAUGACAGUCUACCACAUAUACCCCAGGAUCCGACUCCUACAGAUUCAGAAAUCUUUUCAGUCCCUGCUCCUAAAGGACCUAGCAAAGUGAACAAUCUUAAAGAAGUGGAUCAAGAUCCCUAUGAGUUUAUACCGAGUCAGCGCACACCACGGAAGGUGAAACGGAAGGCUGGAAGAAAGAAAAAUCAGAAUGGGAAGAAGGAGUUCCCAAUCCUGAAAGGCAGGUAUCUAAAGCCAAAGAGAGACAACAAGAGUGCAAGUAGCUGUUCUGAAAGUGAUCAAGAGAAUUCCAUGACUCAAAGCAAAGCUGCAGAUAAGCUUGCUGCUUCAGUUCAAGAAAGCAAUUCAACUGCCCACUCAAAAGGACAAAUCAGAGAUCCAUUAUGCAGCAAUCGUAAUGAUGGUAGUAAAAAAGUAUCGCCUUCUAAUCACCCAAAGGAAGCUGGAACUGUCACAACCCUUGUUGAAGAAGGUGAUCUAGUUGAUAGCGCAAAUGUUGUCAUAGAAGAUAAUGUCAGCGGUCUUGACAAUGAAGGUGGUGAUGAUCUCAAUGAAGAUGGUAAUGCUCAGGAGGAUAAAGCUCAGCCUGUGAAAUUGAACUUGGUGAAACAUCCUUUGCCUAUUACUCCAGUUGUGGUUAUCAGGGCAAAGAAUGUUGGUGGCAAUAUCCAAGGAAGUCAGCAGUCAUCAGAAGGAGGGGGGAUCACUGACUCCCAGCCAGUAGUGAUCAACAGGAAUCAUGGACGAAGGGUCUUUGCCACCACAUACGGCAAGGCAAAGAAUGGAGUUGACAAGAGUCCUCCCCUUGAUCCUCAGGAGAGGAUCUUGGACUGGCUGGUCAGUAAGAAUGCUGGAAGUGAUGAGUCUGACGAUGAUGAUGAUGCCGAUGAUGGAGAUGCAGAGAAAAAAGAGGAGGUUGGAAAGACAGAGAAUCUUCAAGGCACUGGAAAUGAUCAAGAAACUGAUGAUGUAAUUGCUGGGAUAUUGCCCUUGGAAGAGGCCUUAGAAUCUACACCUAAAGAAGUCAUUAUAUGGGAUCAACCAGAACCUUCAGAAGAAUCAAAAUCCCCCAAGACAAUAAUUACUCCCCCAAAGAAAGUUCAAGGAGAGGUUAAAAAUGGCAGACGUCGUUCAGGUAGACAUACAGAAACAAGAAUAGAAAAUAUUACACUUGAUCAUGAAGAAAGUGAAAAGGGAAUUAAUGACAAAGAUUCAACUUUGAAUAAAUCAUUAGGGGAUGUGGAAAAGGAAUCUUUACCUAGCCGUAGGACCAUGAAGCAGCGCAUGAAAGAAAACCUGAAGGAACAAACAGAAGCUGCAAAGAAAGAAUCAGAGGAUGUGGAAAAGGAAUCUUUACCUAGCCGUAGGACCAUGAAGCAGCGCAUGAAAGAAAGCCUGAAGGAACAAACAGAAGCUGCUGCUAUCAAGAGUGACUGGGAACUUGCCUUAGAACUUGCUCGUCAGUUUGGCACUGAGCCAGAGCAUCUGAAGGCUGAGCCAACUGAACUUGGUGGACGAUCAUCUCGAAGGAGGAAAGGCAAACUCACUAUUGAAAAGGUACCAGAGAGUAGAUCUGUCAGAAAAACUGGACGCCAUGCCCAAGAAAAUCAGGAGAAAGGGAAAAGAGAGUCUACUGAAUCAUUUGACAUUGAUUCAUUUGAAACUCAAUCUCCCAGUAAUGUUGCAGUCAAAACAAAUAUGAAAGACAAAAGUAGGGCUGCAUCAGAAAAGAGAAAAUCUAACUCUGACAAAAUGAAAGCUUCUCCAGAAAGUCAAACGAAUAUCCAGACUGGUAAAGUUCUACAAAAUGACACCCCUGUGAAUAAUAUUCUCAAAAUUCUUGAGACUCCUUGUAUUUCAGAUCCACCCAAAGGAAAGAAGAGUCUUGAGAGAGAACUCCCUUCCAAACCAGACGUAUUUGAACAACCCGAAACAAAGGCCUCAAGACAAAACAGGUCAAAGGAUAGCAAGAGCUCAUCAAAUAAAAAAGGAGAAUCCAUUCCUGAAAGCAAAUUAUCCAGUCAGUUGACCCCACCUUUGAGGAGGUCUAAACGAGGCUCUCUUCCUGAAACUCUUAACAGCUGUCAUGUUCCUGAGCAAGUGCUGUCUCUACCUGCAGAGAAGAAGGAGGUUGAAGGAAUGGGAGAGGAGAAAAGCGAUGGAAGAACGAGAGAAAGUAGGAAAAUACUAUCAGGGGCUAGUGAUCUAGGCAUUGAAGCAGAAUCAAGUGUAUCAGCCAUUGAGGGAACAGAGUCAGAAUCGAGAGAGAAGGUUAUUGAUGUUGCAGAACCUCCUAUGUCAUCACUGCCUCUUUAUACUGAAGACAUUCCCAAAGAAGACAAGGGCAGUGUCUGCAAUUCUCAAAGGUGUAAAGGGUCAGAUACCACAGAGUCCAUUGACUUAGAGAUUGAUAGUGAUGUGUAUGAAGACCCGGAUGAAGCUUUGAAGCCUGAACUGCCAGAAUCCUUGGGAUUAGAGAAGAAUGAUGUUUGCAGUUCCGUGAAACAGAAAUCUUCUCUCGAUGAUGAGAUGUCCAUUAUGGAUUGUAUUCUUCCAUCAUUAUCCAGUCAACCACAUCCUUCUGUGGGAAUUUCUCCUGGCCCAAGUGGGAACAGCAGUGGCACAGCAUCUGAUAUUGGUCAAGCAAAAGCAGACGUUUCCUUGCAUAAGAAAUCGGAUGAGGUAAUUACAGUACUGUCUGGUUCUAGUUGUUCAGUCCAGCAGAUGAGUCAAGCAAGUGUAACAGUCAUCUCACAGGCUAAAGCCUCGGGUUCAUUUCCAAUGUCUCUUGAUGUGAACUCCCAGCCGAGUGAAUCUCUGCUACAGCCUCUGAGGAAAUCUAAGAGAAAAGUGUCCCAAGAUGGACAUCAAGGAAGCAAACUUCAGACAUCAGAAAAUGAUGUCACCAAGAACUCUUCCAUUAUGACUUCAUCCGGAUAUAAACAACAGGUUGAUAGCCCAAAGGAAUCCGGUGUUAGUAAUGAUUUGCAAGAGGUUCAGACUUCUUCAGGAUCAGCUAAUAGCAGACCAACAAGGAGGAUAUCCCGUAGGAAGAGAAAGACAUUCACUAUUGAUGCAAGUCCAGCUGUAAAAGAAAUGCUAACCCCACCAAGUCAGAAAGUGCAACAAGUUUCUGAUAGUCUGGAUCAACCGAUUCCAGACAGAACAACUCCAACGAAAGAUGCCAACCUAUCUGAAAUGGAACCAGAAGACUCUAGUCAUAAAGAAUUAAGCAAGGCAUCUAAGUCGCCUCAGGAUAGGGUCUCUUUGGAAGUAACAGAUGAAAAGUUACAAUGUCCACAGCCUGUCAUUUCAGUGACCAGAAAGAAGAGUAAAUCCUUACCUUUGUCUGACAGCCAGAAGAAUAUUAACAUUAACCUUGAAGAUUCUUUAAACCCAUCCUUGUCUCCUGGUAAUACCUCUCAGGUGUUAGAUGUGAGUGGAUCAUCACUCAAAUUGAAAAGGAAAAGUCGGAGUGGUAGACGGCACACUCAAAGUCCUGUUACCUGUAGGGAUGUGGAAGAGCCAGUUAAGCUGCUUAGUCCAUCCAGUGGAGGUAAUACGUUUGAUGAGAAAUGCAACAAGGAUGCAGGUGGUAGCAGUGGAAGACGUUCUUCUGGUAGAAUAAGUAAAGUUUUAUCAAAAUCCGGUUCAUUACCUGAUGGCAGUGCCAUCCCAACAACACCAGGUGCAUCUGAAAUGAAUGAGAUCUCAUCAAAUGUCAUCAUACCUGCCAGAACUCUCCAACAGUCAAGGGGCAGCUUGCAUGAAGGGGCACAGCAUCGUCAGCACACACCAGGGACGUCUCCUCUGGGGCUGCGAAGAAGCGCCAGGCAAUCAAGAGAUAUUGCUCAAAAUCAAAGUGAGGCUGCUCCGAGCAAUACAGUAAAGGAGGAUCAGAAAAUUAGCAGCCAACCUGUAGAAUGUGUCUCUGUUGUGGAUGACCUUGGGUUGACCUUGGCUGAGAAGGAAGAGUCUCAGGAAACCAACGUGUCUUGCCAUUCUGUUGAAGAUAUCUUUAAUCUAUAUGAAGAAUCAAGGGAUAUGUUUGAAGAAGAAGAUGUGGCUAGUCAUCAACAGGAAGAAGAAUCUGAGAGUAUGAAUGCAGAUAUAGUGUUUAUAUCACAGGGAGAUAAUGCUCAUGGCUCAAGUGGUCAAGUGAAUGCAAAGAAGUCAUCUGGUGAUCCAUCACAACUGAAGCAUGAAAUGAAGAAGGGAACACCAAGAACUCUCAAGAAACAUCCUGAUGAAUCUCUUGACAUUGAAGUAACAAAGGAUGCAGUGGUAUCACAAAGGAGCUGUCAAUAUGAAGACACCGAAGCACCUAUACCUCCCACUCCGCCCUGUCCUGAUAUGUCAAAAUCAUGCACAUUGUCCUUUAUUCACACAAGUGGACUAUCAAAAGCAAUAGCGAAGAAAAAGAAGGUGCAACAAGAGAUGGAACCUGAUAUUAGUUCUCUCCUGUGCCCUGAACAAGACCCCAUCUCAAAGCAACAGGACAUAGCUCAGUCUAAGAGUCUUGUCAUGGAGACACCGAGAGUGGUGUCUAGGAAGCGAAAAAAGGUACCUGAGACCGAAGACAAAAGCAUAGCUGACACGCCUAUAAAACCCAAACGUCGGUCAGUGGAUCAAAGAGAGAAAGUUGCUGUUGAGGAUGCCUCUAAUGAUCAAGGCAGUGUCCAGGACAAUGUCUUUGCACUUGAUGAACCACAAAGAAAGACCUCAAGGAAGGUGACAUCUCAGGUCAUCGGAGACACACAGUCAGAACCUACAAUCAAGUCCUCAAAUGAGAGCGAUGAAGUGAUUAAAACUAGAACAAGGCGGAGAAAACAGGUGAUCGCAGACGAUGUCAGUGAUGAUGAUGAUGACGAGGAGGAAGGUACUAUUGGGAGGCUGAGACAAAGGAAGGCUAAGAGAAUGGUUCAAGUCGCAAGAGAUGAAGAAGAUGAAAGUGAUGAUGAAUUGAUACCAUGUUCCUUCCUCCAACCCUUGGCAAAUGACGAUGAUGAGGAGGAAGAGGAAGAAGAGGAGGUGAAUGAUCCCAAGAUGCUCUUUAGUGACCACACAGAUCCGCACCAUGUGACAGAUGGUGGAUCAGCAAGUUCAGAAGAUAGUUGUGCCAGUCAUCAUAUGAAUCUCACCAACGCUUCAUCAAUUCUCUCCAGUCAGAGUGAAAUCAUGAACACACAGCAACAAGAGAAGACUCGUGAAGACAUGCAGGCCCUUGAGGCACAGAUGGCUGAGCUUCAGGAAGCACUGGCCAAAGAGAGAGGGAGCAGGAGCAAUGAUGAUACCAAUGAUGAAGAGGAGAAUGGUUUACUUGUUGAAGAUACAGAAGGUGCAUCAAUCCCAGAUUCAAAGAAAAAAAAGCACUCUGGAAGAACUCAACACAGUAGUCCAAGGAGGACUGAGGAUAGGAGAGUAGGUUCAGAAUCUUCCUCUGAUGAAGAAGAUGAGAUGGAUAAAGUGGAAAAGAUGAUGGAACCGAGAUCUCCAUCUCCUCCUCCACCCUUGUCACCACGGUCCUUGAAGAAGGCAUCAUCGUCCUCGUCAAUGACCGACAGCAUGCGCUCUGUCAAUAGUCUAGUGGAACAGUUCCGUAAGAGUAGCUCCAAGAAGGUGACCACAAAGAAGAGAAGGGUCGAGGAUGAAUCGAAUAAUAGCUCUGGAGUUGACAGUGAUGAUGGUGCUGUCAUGGUUUCAGCCAAAUCAUCUAGGUGUUCUUUAUCACCUAGGACAGGGUCGGCAAGAAGGAGAUCCAAGAAGAGAAGAAUAGGUAGUGUGGACAGUGAGGACGACCUGCUUCAAGAUGAAGCAAACUCACCACGAAACUCAAGAAACAUUUCUGUUGAUAGGACAAACGAACAUCAUGACGCAGUACAUCGUGUUACACCUCCUUCACGAACAACUCCAACAGUCAGUUCCAGCAGAUUCUCAACAGUUGGAAGACCAUCAAGGUCACCACAUAGAGGGGGUCACAAAGCUCCAGAAAGCAUCACUCCUCGAGGUCAACAAACUCCCAGAAUCCACACCCCAGUGGAUAGAGCAGCUAGAAGAACCCCUGAGACUUCCUCCAUACCAAGCCCAGUAGAUGCUUCCAUGAGGACCCAGAGGACAGGCAGUAUUCAGUCUGGUAGAAGGUCUGGAGAACAGUCUGUGAGAACUCCUGAAGCAGGUCUGGGUCCAAGUCCUAGACCUUCCUCCCGACCAAUGUCAUUAAUUGCUACUGGCCUGAAUAGAUUAGAAUUGCGUCAAGUUGAACAGCUGACAAGCCGACUGGCCAAUUGUCGUUUUGCUAGUGCCUUCAAUGCAAAUACCACUCAUGUCAUUGUCAAGACAGAUUCAUCGCUGGUUUGUGAACGAACUUUGAAAUAUUUCCAAGGCAUCGCAGCAAGGGCAUGGAUCGUCAGCUUUCAAUGGGUUCAUGACAGCCUGAAAGCAAGAAAACUCCUGGCCGAGGAAGACUAUGAGGUCAAAGGUGAUGUCGUGAAUGGCCUUGACCAUCAUGGACCAAAGAGAGCCAGGACAAUAGAUGGACCAGGUUUCAUGGAUAAGUUUGACCUAUGCUGUAUUGGACCUUUCACUGGUUUGAAUAAAGAUCAACUGGUUGGGCUGUGUGAGAUGUGUGGAGCCUCUACAGUCCAGCAUCCGUCUCUCUUCCCAUACAACCCUGGUAGGAAGGCAUAUAUCAUCGUAGAACCUAACCUAGAUACAGAUAGAGACUACCAAGGUCUGCAGAGAAAAUUCAGAGUUCCUGUUAUAUCAAGAGAGUGGGUCUUAGACAGUAUAGCCUUGUACAAGAGUCAACCAAUCACAGAUUACCUCUUAUCAAAUAUAACUAGUGCCUCAACAGAUCAGCCAAUCAUAGACAUUGAGAGUGAUGAUGAGUGAUGUUCAAGGAGUGGAUCUUAAGAAAGUUUAGCCCUUCCCAAUUAUAGCUGACCAAUCACAGAUUACCUCUUAUCAGAUUUCACUAGCACUUCAACAGAUCAGCCAAUCAUAGACAUUGAGAGUGAUGAGUGACUGUGAUCUUCGAGGAGUGGAUUUUGGACAAUAUAGCCUGUACAAGAGCAGACCAAUGACAGAUGACCUCUUAUCAGAUUCCACCAGUAGCUCAACAAAUCAGCCAAUCAUAGACCUUGAUUGUGAUUAUAAUUAAUGGUGGACAAUAUUUAGGGAUCUUCAUUUAAAGGACAAAAAAAAUCCAUCUUUUGAAUAACCCAAUCACAAGGUGCCUAUUAUCAACCUUUUCCCCUUUGAUGACAUUCCAGCCAAUCAUAAGUCAAGAUAGUAAGGAUAUGGUCUUCAGGGAUCUUCAUUGAAGGACAGAAAGGCAGUCUUUUCAGAAUUACCCAAUCACAAAGCGUCUGUCAUCAAACCUUUCCCAAUUGAUUAUACUCAAGCCAAUCAUAAUCUAAUGUGUAGUCUUUUCCUGGGUUGUAAUUCAUUUGACUUGGUCUAGCUGCAAUUCAUUAUGACAGUACAUUAUCAUUUCGUUCAUAUCUGUUUUAUAUCAUGUGUAAGAAUAUAUCUGUGUCAUUACUUUAACAUAUAUAUAUCUUUUAACUCUCAUAUUUGUUAUGCAGAUAAUUAUCUCAGUAAAAUAUCAAUUCAAAAUGAUAUUUCUCUUUGUAAAAUAUCACAUUAAAACAUUUUAUGAAUUGCAUUAUUUUGGAAACCAUUUUGCUUUUCUUUCUUAUGGACACAAGAAAUAAAUUCAACUUGUUGCGUACUAGUACUGAAACUUGAUGGUCUCUGUACUGAGCCUAUGGGUAAUACAAACUUCAGUAGUCAACUGAAACCAGGGAUACCCAAUGGUUGAAAAACAAAUUGGUAUGUGAUCGAGAAUGGAAUUUACAUGUUACUUGAUGUAAGUACAGUGAAAUUAAGAUAUUGAUGAUCUUCAGUUGAAAUCAAUCAGUAUUUUGGCAAUAGAAAAAUGACAAAUGUGGUUACCCAGCUAUGUGGUUAAUAAUAAUUUAUAAUAUAUGUGCCUACUAAAUAUACCAUGCCAAGCGUUGUGCUAAAUGUCAGCAACAAACUUACCACAAUUAUGUAACAAUAAGCCAACAACUUUGGUGGGUGAUCAGGUACCUCUUGUACCUGGGACACCUCAAAGGUGCUUAAUAAGUAAGCUGAAAUCUUACAUCGUCGUUUCUCAGAUUCCUGACUACACCGAAAAAAAACCUGGUGUUAAUUUAACACCAGCCCGGAAUCUAUAUAUGUCCACACCAGAGAAGUGUUUAAACAACACCAGUUCGGUUUUGGUCUAACACCAGAUAUGUGUUUAUACAACACCAAUUAGUCUUAAAACAACAUUGGUUUGAUUCCAAACUUGGGUUAAUUAUUAAUACUUCUCUGGUGUGGACAUAUAUAGAUUCCAAGCUGAUGUUAAAGGGGAAUCCAGCCUUGGCCAUAAAAUGUUGUGUUGGGAAGGAGGAAAAUAAAUUAAACAGAAUGGUGAAAGUUUGAAAGAAAUCGGACAAGCAAUAAGAAAGUUAUAGCUGCUUUAAAAUUGAGAUCACUGAUAGUAUAUAGAUUUCAAAUUGGCAACUGGGUAAGUACAUACCUGCCAACCAUUCCGAUUUUGGCGGAAUUAUACCGAUUUUUGGACCUCCAUUCCGAAUUCCGAAUUUUAAAACCAAAAUUCCGAUUUUUGGGUUACCCGGUAAUCAAUUUAGUGUUGAAAUUAUUGAAACGGCUGUAUGAUGCGACUAACGCAUUCACGGCUGUAAGAUGCGACUAACGCAUAAACGACUGGAGCGCACGGCUACGCAAAUACACAGUAAACGGCGCACAAACACUGCUAAGUGCCCAGUUCCAUUGCAAAUGCAUGUGAAAAUAACGAGCAUACACGCUAUUCUUCGAUGUUAUCGUUGACUUCCGGAAAAAAAUGGCGGCUGAUAUCGGCUCGCGAAAGUGCCAGUUUUUAGUGAGGACAUGUUUUCACAAUCCACGAACAUCGGAAAAACUGUGAAAAUUUCACUUUUUUAGACCCCUUGUUUCCUAACUACGAUGUUAAGAAUCACCGAUGGUGAUAUUUUUUAUGCGAAAUGUGGUGAUUUAGGUAAGAAGAAAUCACUUUAUUUGAAGUAUUGCCCAUGUCGCCGGAUGAUUUUGUAGUGUGGGAGUGAGUUAGAGAAUGUGUAGUGUACAUGUCUAGAGUGUGUUGGUGAUUUCAGUGGUAUAUUGCUUGUCUGCUGGGCUGCGCUGAAGUAAUGGCCGCACACCGACGCAUGUUACUCUAACUUUUAGAUCCAUCCCAACGCAAUUUUAACAUUGAUCUGUACUUUAUUUUCUCAAAUAAUUGUCAAAUUUUCGAGGAAGAAAGGAGAUUUUCAACUCUUGAUCUCAAUUUAGCCUUCGAAGUCAAACACCAAAUCUACUUGCUUCGCUUGCCUAAACUCCCGGCGCCCGCCGAGUUGCUGCGCCUCAGCCUUCCCGUCUCGCCGGCGCACCGCAAGUGCUGUGGUGGGUGCGGGUCGGGCGCAUGCAGCCGUUAGUUUCAGCUCCGUUUUUAUCAUGGUUGAAAAUCUGCUUUCUUAUACCAACAAACACUUAUCCAUUGUAGUUUAUGAUAGAACCUUGUCCUCGGUCAGUAACCCCUGUGUGGUGAAAUAAGAUUGUCAAUGUUUGGCUUAUUUCCUCUUGACUUGAUGCAUGAUUGCAUUGAUGAUGUAGGUUGGAUAAAUAGAUGUUUGAUUUUUUGGCACAUCAAUUUUUAAUAAAGUAGGGCUAACUUAAAUCUAAAUUUAUCAUAAAAAAUAUGCCCUGGCCCAAAAUUCAAUUGAAUUCUUGAAAUAAUUUUUUUUCUAAUUGAAAAGAGAAUCUGCAUCAAUCUUUUUCCACCAAUAGAGGGCCUCACAAAAAUAUGCUUAAAAUUAAAGUUUUUGAGAGAUCUGGUGAACAAGAAAAAUUAUUCCUUACAUAUUUAGAUGAAAACAAAUCACACCUGAAUGAAAUUAGGUGGGUUUUUGUCACAAAAGUGAUAUUUUAAAUACCUUUUCUAAAUUUUUAAUUGAUAAAUUAAGGUCGAUUACAUGUAGGUCAUCCUCUGGUGUGGUAAUGAGGGUAAAUUUGCUUUAAAAGGUGUAGGGAAAUGCUACUUUUACAUGGUGUAAAUGCAAAGAGUCCUUACCGUUGGAGCGGGCCGGACACCCGCUCGGUGCCGUCGUAGCUUUGAUACUGAUUUUUUAUUAUCAAAGGUUGGCAGGUAUGUAAGUAAAUUAUGACAAGGGGCAAGGACAACUUUCCCAUAGGCCAUGUACUUUAUUAUCAGGGAUUUGUGGUUUUCUCCUAAGUACCCAGUCCCCUGGGGCAGUAAUCUAAAUAUAACCCAGGUAGUAUAUUGUUUUAUGUCCUCAUGAUACAAAAAUAUAAUUUGAAAGAAAACUUUUGGGAAAAAUUACAUUUUAGCCAUAAUAUGUAGUGGAGUACAUGAAAGAGUAGUCCUUGCCUUACAUCACUAUGACAUCCCAUAUGCGGCCAAUUUGAAGUCUCCAUGAGUAUAGUGAUUACCAAUAUUUACAACUUUUAAAAAUUCAUAACUUUCUUGUUUUUUGUCCAAUAUUGUUCAAACUUUCACCUAUCAACUUGUCUGAUUUUUCUUUUUCUUAUAAAAACAAGUUUUUAUUUGGGUUGGAUUCCCCUUUAAAUCAACACCAGAGUUUUUGCAGUGUAGUCUUUAUAGGCAAUAGAUUUUCUGCUUCUGUAUCAUGCUUUUUCAAAUGAAGGUAGAUUUGACUGCUUUAUUUCAUUGCAGAUAAGUUUGCAAGCGUGUGUCAGAUGUUUCUACUGCUUGCCUUGAUGGCUAGCUAAGUGGCUACAACUUGCAAGUAAUAUUUGAAUAGGUAGGAUUCAUAAAAGUAUAUAGCCUAUGUGUAUGUAUGUGUCCUUUGUGACACAUGACAUAGAAAUACAAUAUUGUAAUGGGAAUGUAUCAUGAUUUGUGCACAAAUCUAUCAGAUUCAAAGUGGUAGUUGAUGAGUAGAAAUAUUUUUAUUUCUCUUUCCUCAUUUUUGAACAAAAAGUGAUGUUUAUAGAGUAUGAUGAAUGGUGAUAUACCAUAUUAACUCAUUUCUACAUAUUUUAGCCAACUUUUAUAUUCCCAUUUUAAUCUUCUUUUUUUGUCUUAUAUGACUUGCAAAAUCUAAUAUGAUUAAUGAAAUAUCAUUUCUUAUUUCAUCUUGUUUUAUUUUCCUUUUAUUGCCUGAAAUGAAAUGAUUUCUUUGUAUAAAUUUUUUUGUAAAAUGUAAAUAUAUAUAACAUGAAUUGAAGAAAAACAAAGCGCCAAGCAUAAAUGAAAUUAUGCAGUUCAUUUUUUUACAAUAAAAAUUGAUUUAUC